AUGGAUGAUGCGCCGCCAGCCACACCGGCGCCCCCCCUGCCGUCGUGCCUGCCAGAACCUAGGUGGCUCAAUGCUGAGAUUCUGCCGGUGGACUGGGGCAUGAUGUUGUCGCAGUUCACCGACUUCCUGGCCGCCUGCCGUGGCACGGCCUGUUGGACCCAGGCGAAGCAUGCUUUCGGAGUUCCAAGCCUCUACGUGGUUGUCGACGGUCUGGUGAAGCCAUGGACGCGAAACACUGGCUGCAGUGUGGCGCUGCGGAUGAACCCCGCGAGCGCGCUCCGUGCCGAGCUCAUGGUCUCACACAGCUGGGGAGAGAGCAUGGACGAGUGUGCGGAAGCCUUGCAGAAGUUCUACAAGCGCAGCUUGCUUCUUUGGUAUGAGCUGCAUCAGAGAGUCCCCCCAGACCGCUGGUGCGUGACCCUCUCAGACUUGAGAUACUUGCGAAAGACUGUUUUGCAGUCCAUCAAGGCCGGCAGUGUAGAGCCUCCAGCGGAUGGGUCAGAUGAUUUUAGCAGCGAAGACGAAGUCUUUGGCCCAAGCAUCUACACCAUCACUGAGCAGCACAUCAAGCCCGUCACCGAGCUCGCGGGCAAGAUGAGCUGGGCGUUGAUGCGGAACCCGGAAGGUUUAGACUGCGACCUCUUCAUCAGCCACGCUUGGCAGGAGGGCAUCUUCGAGUUCAUGUCAAAAGUCCUGCACUCCUGGCCGCGGGGCAUGCGACAUGCCUGGUGCUGCAUGCUGGCGAACCCCCAGCAUCUCGACAUCGCGGCCAUGCUUCAGUCACCCAGACAGUCACCUUUUGCAGUCGCCUUAGCAGCAUCCCAGAUCGUGCUGGCGGUGCCGAACCGUCACUGUUCUAUCUACACCAGACUCUGGUGUGCCUACGAAGCAUAUUUAGCCCAAGAGCAGGACAAGAUUAUCUUGAUUGCCCGAGCCUCGAACAGCAAAGACAUCCUCAAUUCCAUUUGGAAGAUGCUGCUGGUCGCUGUGAUCGGUGUGAUGCUUGGUGUGGCGAUCGACGUCGGGACAAAGACCCUGCCUGUCAAUCUUGUGGUUGUGGGCGUCGCUGCUGUUGCAGCCGCAUUGAGCAUGGGAAGUGGCCGCGACAACCUCCGCAAGUGGCUGAACCUUCUUGGACAGGCCAUGUGCUGUUUUCUGAUCUUCGACUGGUACACUGUGCACGGCCUGUGGGAGCAGCAGGAUGCAGAUCUCUAUAGAUUCGCCGCCAUCCAGCAGCGCCUUUACCUGAUCACUUUUGCAGGUGCUUUCUGCUAUCUGGAGGUUGACCGCUUGAACGACAUCGCAGCACGUCGUGAGGCUGAGCAGCUGGGCGCAGGAUACCAGGGCUCCAUUGUCCACGCAACGUGCUCGCGGCAGGCAGAUUCCGAAGAGAUUCGUCGGGAGAUCGGCGACAAUGUCGAUGCGGUUGACUAUGCAAUCAAGGUACUCUUGGCAGCCGGCAUGUCGUCACCAACCUUGCGCCACGUGGCGCUCAAGGGCAUCAACAUCGACCAGGUGGCCAAUCCCCAGGUGACCGUGUCGUUUUUAGUGCUGGUGCCGCUCAACUUGAUUCGUCUUGUGGCCCUGCUCUGUGAUGUCUUUUACCUCGGGAGGCGUGUCCCCGACUUCGGCGCCAUACUCCCCAUCGAAUCCCCGUACCCUCCGCUGGACCAUCAUCGGAUGCGUGGGACGCGGAGGCUCCUGGAGGCAGUGUCGGUGUUGCUACGAUGUUGCAUGCUGGUUCUUAUGUUCCGAAGAGCUCGAGAUGAACGAUGCUUCAUCCAUUUGGUGAUACAGAAGGUUGCCAUGAUCUACCUCGCAGGCUUGAUCCCAAAUCUCAUGAGGUGGGAGUUGGAUGCGAAGAGCGAGACUGCCCCCUCACUCAGGCAGGGAUUCUUACUGGCUCAGCUCAUCACCUACACACCCUGCUUCUUCUUUGCCCUGCUGGGCAUAAGGGGCACGGCAGAGAUCCCCUGGUGCGGACUCUGCAUACUGCGAGUGCUCAUGAGCAGAACCUUUCGCUCCUGCCGGGCAACAGCCGGCGAUGCGUGCCAUCGUCCAGGCGAAGUCGAGGACAGCGAGGGCGAUACCUCGGAGUGGUCCAGCACUUCCUGA